UGGGAUUAUAAACUCCGAAAAGAUUGCUCAACUCUCAGAGCUGCAUCCCUGAGAACCUGCUGUCAGCUGCUGGGGGCUGUGAACAUAUUGAGGGCCCCACCAUGAAACACCUGCUGUUCUUCACCCUGUCUGCCCUGCUCUGCUGCUGGGUUUCAGCUGACACUCGAUGUCACUUCUGCUACAAGGUCCCUGUGGUGGGCUGUGUGGACCGGCAGUCCUGCCGCCUGGACCCAGGCCAAAAAUGCCAGACGACAAAUGUGUACCUCGGGAAGAUGUGGGUGUUCUCCAACCUGCGCUGUGGCACACCCGAGGAGCCUUGUCUAGAGGCCUUCAACCAAACCAACCACAAGCUGGGGCUGGUCUACAACACCACCUGCUGUGACAAGGACAACUGCAACAGCCCGGCUCCAAGGCCCACGCCUGCCCUGGCGCUCAUCUCCCUCACCUCCCUGGCUGGCCUCGGUCUCUGGCUGUUGCACUGAGACUCGCUGUGUGGCUGCAGUCUUCCCACCCACCAUAGCCU